GCGGGAGGUUGGGAGUUGCUGGCUUAGCCGCAGAGCGCGAAGCGAGGUGGACCUCGUUGUCCAGUCCGUCCGCUAUGGAGCAGGGCCCGGAGCAGGAAGCUGCGGCGCCCGCGGCGGAUCCGGGCCCGGAGGUCUCCUCCGGCUCGCGUUUGCCGGGGGGCAUAGGAUCUGCGGAAGCCUUGGCGGCGCUGGGCGCGAUCGGGCGGCGCUUGCUCUGGCUGCUGCCCGUGUACCUGGCGGGCCGGGCGGGGCUCAGCCUGGGCUUCGUGGUGGCCGGCGUGGCUCUGUACAUGGGCUGGCGGGGCCGACGGAUGGGCAAGGAGCGGUCUCUGCGGGCCGCUGGAUUGCUCCUGGGCGAUGAAGAGGCGGCGGUGAGCGCCACGAAUCUUGGCCGAAGUCUGGGUCAGAGCGAGCUGCCCGCCUGGGUUAGUUUCCCAGAUGUUGAGAAAGCUGAAUGGCUGAAUAAGAUCCUGGCCCAGGCUUGGCCUUUCUUUGGCCAGUACAUGGAGAAGCUGCUGGUGGAGAAUAUUUCUCCAAGCAUCCGUGCCUCCAACACCCAUCUGCAGACCUUCACUUUCACCAAGAUUGACAUGGGAGAGAAGCCCCUCAAGGUCAUUGGAGUUAAGGUUCACACCGGCCAGAACAAGAAGCAAAUCUUGCUGGACCUAAACAUUAGCUAUGUGGGUGAUGUCCAAAUUGAUGUGGAAGUGAAGAAAUUUUUCUGUAAGGCUGGGGUGAAAGGCAUGCAGCUCCAUGGCAUGCUGCGGGUCAUCCUGGAGCCCCUCAUUGGGGAUGUCCCAAUUGUAGGGGCACUCACAAUGUUCUUCAUUCGCCGGCCGACUCUGGACAUAAACUGGACUGGAAUGACCAACCUCUUGGACAUCCCUGGACUGAGUUCACUGUCUGACACGAUGAUCAUGGACUCCAUUGCCUCUUUCUUGGUUCUUCCCAACCGCUUGCUCAUCCCACUGGUCUCUGAUCUCCAUGAAGCAGCUCAGCUGCGCUCCCCAAUUCCCAGGGGUGUUGUCCGUGUCUACCUGAUAGAAGCCAGGGACCUGCAGUCCAAGGAUAAGUACAUCAAGGGGAUGAUUGAGGGCAAGUCAGACCCAUACGCUAUCGUGCGUGUGGGAACCCAGGUCUUCACCAGCAAAGUCAUUGAUGAAGACCUCAACCCCAAGUGGAAUGAGAUGUAUGAGUUCAUUGUGCACGAGGUACCGGGGCAGGAACUGGAGGUGGAACUGUUUGACAAGGACCCCGAUCAGGAUGACUUCUUGGGCAGGAUGAAGCUGGACUUUGGAGAGGUGCUCAGGGCUCAUGUCCUAGAGGAGUGGUUCCCUUUGCAAGAUGGAGGCCGGGCUCGUGUGCAUUUGCGCCUGGAAUGGCAUACACUUAUGUCUGAUGUCUCCAAACUGGACCAGGUUCUUCAGUGGAACAAAACUAUCUCCUCCAAGCCAGAACCCCCAUCAGCUGCUAUCUUGGUUGUCUAUCUUGACAAGGCACAAGAACUCCCGCUGAAGAAAUCCAGUAAAGAGCCCAACCCCAUGGUGCAGCUCUCCAUCCAAGAUGUCACCCGGGAAAGCAGGGUUGUUUAUAACACCAUCUCCCCAGAGUGGGAUGAUGCCUUCCGUUUCUUCCUACAAGACCCAACCACUGAGGACAUUGAUAUACAGGUCAAAGAUGACAACCGUCAGACCACCCUGGGCUCUCUCACAAUCCGCCUGUCCCGCCUUCUGAGUGCUGAAAAUCUGACACUGGAUCAAUGGUUCCACCUAGAGAAUUCUGGACCCAACAGCCGAAUCUACAUGAAGCUUAUUAUGCGGGUAUUGUAUCUGGAUGCACCUGAAGUUUGCAUAAACACCCGGCCGUGUCCCCCAGGAGAGCUGAAUGUCAGUGAGAGUGCCUAUCCUGGCAGCAGUGUGGACAGGCCUCCUCGGCCCACCAAGGCCAGCCCAGACGCUUCCUUUGGUACUGAGAGCGUAAUUCGCAUCCAUCUGCUGGAAGCUGAAAACCUCAUUGCCAAAGACAACUUCAUGGGUGGGAUGAUCAAGGGCAAAUCAGACCCUUAUGUCAAGGUGCGCUUGGGGGGCCAGAAGUUCCGCAGUCGUGUCAUCAAGGAGGAGCUCAAUCCCCGCUGGAGUGAGAUCUAUGAGGUAAUUGUGAAUAACAUCCCAGGCCAGGAGGUGGAGUUUGACUUAUAUGACAAGGAUGUUGACAAGGAUGAUUUCCUUGGAAGGUGCAAGAUCCCUCUGAGACAGGUGCUAAGCAGCAAGUUUGUUGAUGCGUGGCUCCCCCUGGAGGAUGUGAAAUCAGGACGACUCCAUGUGAAGCUGGAGUGCCUGCCCCCCAUACCCAGUGCUGCUGAGCUGGAGCAGGUACUGCGGGUGAACAGCUUGAUCCAGACACCAAAGAGUGAGGAACUGUCCUCAGCCCUGCUGUCUGUCUUCCUUGACAGGGCAACUGACCUGCCGCUGCGGAAGGGUUCAAAACCCCCAAGUCCUUACAUCAGUCUCUCCGUCCAUGGUGUCUCCUAUAAGACCAAGGUCGCCCCUCAAAUGGUAGAGCCAGUAUGGGAUGAAGCUUUCUCCUUCCUUAUCAAGAGGCCCCAUGCAGAAUCUCUGGAGCUACAGGUGAAAGAUGAUGGGCAUGUGCUGGGAGCAUUGUCCCUUCCCCUUUCGCAGCUGCUGGAGGCAGAGGGACUCGUCCUUGACCGCUGGUUUCAGCUCAGCAACUCUGGUACCACCUCCCAGCUCCUGAUGCGAGUGCAGCUUGGGCUCCUCAUCUCUCAACACUCUGGAGUGGAAGCUUUUCACAGUAUGGCAGCAGACGAGAAUGAUGAGAGUUCCCAGAGAGGGUCUGAGACAGAACUGUAUAUCAGAGAGGAUGGAGAGACCGGUUCCUCACAAGAGCUGCGUCAGCGUGUAUCACAUGCCAACAGUAAUUUGGAGCUGUCAGACUCGCCUCUGGGCCAGCUGCACCUCACCGUCUGGUACAACAUGGAUGCGCGCAGACUUAUUGUCAUCGUACAUGCCUGCAGGAACCUGAAGUCAAGUGCCAAGGAUACUCCUGACCCCUAUGUCUCCCUCAUUCUACUUCCUGACAAAUCCCGGGUCACCAAGAGAAAGACGACCGUACGGAAGAAAACACUUAACCCUGAGUUCAACGAAAAGUUUGAAUGGGAUCUAUCACUUGAAGAGGCCCAACGAAGGAAGCUGGAGGCCUACAUCAAAAACAGUGUCUCUUUCAUGUCCCGAGGGGAGCCAAUUGGAAAGGUGCACAUCGACCUCUCCCAGAAGGACCUGACCCAGGGGGCAGCACAGUGGUACGAUUUAAAAGAUGACAGAACCAGCUCCUAGCCUCCACAGCACCUCCUUUCUCGCAAUAUCCCCAUCCAGGGAGUUGAAGAGCUGGCAUGAAUACUGCUGCCGCCACCCUUCACCGCAGGAUUCCAAGCUCACCCCCUGCUGGAUGGGCUUUCAGUGUUUUGUUUUUCAGCAGUCAUAGUGUUGUGUUCUUAGAAGCUUCUUUUUCAAUGUGAAGCUGAUAACGUUAGAGAAGUGACUCCUGGGUGGGCUUUGGAGGAGAUGGGGUGAUGAUUCACAUCCUGCAUUCACCCUGUAUGCUUCUCUCAGCACUGCAAACCGCAUGCUGCCUUUUUAUUGACCAAAGAAGUGGGCCUUUUUCAUCCUUCUGCUUGGGAUGAAGUUCCUCACAAGCUUGCAGAUGCUGUGAGCUGAUGCUUUCAGCAGCCACUGGAAAAGAAGCAAAAAGGCCUGGGAGUAAACUGAGCCUAGGAUAGGGUGCUAGCUGGAAGGGUACAAGAAGACCAACCUGGAGGGACCAAAUACUUUCCUCAUAGUAACAGUGGGCCAAUAACCUCCUUUGGAACAAAGGGUUCCACACCUGAAGAGGGUCACUGGCAUCCCAAAGUGGGCCUUCUACCAACUUCUAUCUGGAAAGGGAACAUUAUGUAUCUCCUGAUUCAGGUGGGAAAUUGGUUGAGAUUCUGUCCCAGUUCUCUCGUUGAUAAGUUUCUAGAGUGGCAUUUUGCCAUUUUAAACAAAAGAAUUUAAAAGCAUAAGUGGGGAGGGUGCAGUGGCCAAGCAGUUUUUAGUCACAACAUUUAUUCUUAUUCCCCCACCCCUCUACUGGGAAAUCCAUGGCUCUGAUCUCUGCGCAUGUAGCUGAUGCCUCUAGUGGAAUAUUGCCUGUACUCCAAGAGUUUGCAAACCCAUUCUCCUGGCAGCACUUCCAGAUCCCCUCACAUUACCUGUUUUUGCCUGAUUUUGGCUCCUUGUUCUAGCUUGUUGUGCUGCUAAUCCAAAUGGGAAGCCUGCCCUCUUGCAAUAUCUUUCAUUUGUGCCACCUUUGUUGCUUUUAAAAAAGAUGAAUGUUGCUUGGUGCCUUCUUGCACGUCUGUCAGGGAACUGGUGCAUGGAACAGGACCCUCCUACACCUCACACUCCUGCACCAAGUUCUACGGCUGUGCGUGCGCAUUCUGUAGCAAGGAAACACCAAUUCCACGCUCCACAUCAGAUUUACAGAUAUGCAGAAUUUAUCUACCUGUAUACAGAGUAACUUGCAAUAUUUGCAUUUUAACUGACUUUGAAUCUAUUUUGCAAGCUGUGGGGAGUGAUAGACUUGAAGGUUUUGGGAGAGAAGAUCUUUCAAGGGGCCAAAGGUUGCCUAGUUAGAUAAGGCCAGAAGCCUCCCCACACAGACCUCCAGACUUACACUGUAGAAAUGGUUUUAAGGUGUUCUUUGCUAUGAUAAAAAACUUUUAAAGCUGACCUUCUGGGGCUUCUCCAUACAUUAAAAUAACACCCUUGACAGACUGAUAAAGCACUGCUUGUAAAUCUGCAGUGCUGUGCCAUUUUGGGCAUCAGGGGCUCCGUGCUUUUAAAAUAGAGCCCAAUGGCAAGGGCUCCAUUUUUUGCCUUUCUCUCUUCCCCAAGCUGCUCUUCCCUGUGCUGCGCUUGAUGGGGGUGCCUCCCAAAGACGUGGGCAGCAUGGACUUCCCCUGAUGGUAUUUUCUGGCAGCUGCACUGGCUUUGUCUUUGUGGAGGCUUGUUGUCUGCAGUGUUGCCAUGAGAAAGAAUCAUACUGCUUUAGUGAUUUAAAAAAUAAUCAUGCGGAUAAGCCCUCAGGAAGUUAAAUCCUGUUAGAUGCCUCAUAGUGACUGUAGAUUUCUUCUGCCUUUCCAGACCUUGUAAUCUGGAGCAGGUGGGCAGGAUUUUUGUGCCAGAGUCGGGACAUGCUUGAAGCCUUCCCAAAAUAUAGAGCAAGAGCAUUUCUUUGCUGUGCUCACUGCAGUUCCACUGUCCAGCAAUCCCCUCUCCUCCCCCCCCCCCCCCGCACACACACAUCUUGCAAUAUGGGAACUGCUUCUCAGCCCUGUCCUUUUUUGUUCUGUCUCUCAGUCACACAUAUGCACACAUACAUGUGAUAGCACUUCUGAAGCCACCAAAACCAUUCUUAUGAAGGUUUUUUUUUUAACAGCAUAUUUCUACAUGUAUGACCAUGGCGAAUGUACUUGACAAGCAGAGCCACCUCCUUGUAGAAUCUGGCUGUGCUCCCAAGAGUCUGUCGACAGAGGGAGCCAAGUGUGCCUGUAGGGAACCCAGUCCCGUGCUGCCUUCCAUGCCAAAUCAGAGCUCCACUAGUGCUUUUCCUCAGGCAGGCUUUACCGUGUUUCUGGCACUUGCGCCUCUUGUAGCAGCCACGGCAACAUGUUGUACCAAAUAAAGAGAGGAAGAAAAUGA